AUGCGCAGCAGAAAAUUGCCACGGCCUAAAACGGCCAAAGAAACGAAAAGAUUUAUUGGAGCAGUAAAUUAUGUAUCAAAUUUCUUUCCGAAAGUACAAGAAAUAUUAAGUCCUUUACACAAAAUCACUAACAAAAGGCGCAAUUUUGAAUGGACUAACGUACACCAAAAUGCCUUUGAUAAAAUUAAAGAACUAAUGGUUAAGCCACCAAUUCUUAAAAUGCCGACUAAAAACGGUAGAUUUAAAAUAUACAGUGAUACAUCUAGGACUGCAACAGGCUCAUACUUAACACAAACCGUUAAUGAUGAAGAACACAUAAUUGGAUAUUAUUCAAAAGUCCUCCCUGAAGCUUGCAAACGAUACAGUGUAACAGAAUUAGAACUAUUUGGUCUUUACAUUAACAUAUCAGCAUUUAAGCAUUUGUUAAAAGGAUGCGAGUUUGAUGCAUUUGUUGAUCACUCAGCCAUUGUUCAGAUUUGGAACUCUAAAGACCAACCUUGCACAAAUCGCCUACAAAAACUAAUACUAAGAUUAUCAGGCUCUGUUUUUAAAAUUGGAUACAAAAAGGGUACUGAAUUAGUACUAGCUGACUUCCUAUCUCGUGCACCAAGGGAUGAGGAUUCUGAAAUUGAUCAAAUUGUACCAAUUGCAUUCACCUGUUCUGAAAUUGAUACCAACGAUAGUUUUAAUCCAACAACACAAACAAUUUCAAGACCAGUAACUAGGUCAUAUGCUAGGAAAAUGGGAAUUAAAAUACCAGACCUCUACAAACCCAAACAAACACAAAUCAAUGACACGAGUACUACACAGCACACGACAACAGCCACGCGACCUCAAACAUCACCACAAACAGACACACAACACCAAUCACCCACACCUCCACUCACUACACCUAGUACACUUCGACCAUCAACUGACCCACUAAUAGUACCACCAUUAUCAAUUCCAGACAGACCUAAACAACAACCAACAGUACUUAGGGAACAGAGACUCGUGGAUAAAGAAAAUAAUGAUAUAACUUAUAGAGAUGUACCAAUUGAAUUGUACACAUCACCAAGCCCGUUGGUUCCAACUAUUACUGAACUAAAAACAACACACAUCCCGAAACAAAAGGAAUUAGACAAAUUGAUGGACGUUAUCCGUAGAAAAAUAAUCAGAGAUUAUAAUUUGCCAGUUGAUGUUAAACAAUUACAAAUUGAACAGGAAACGUCACCAUUCUUUAAACCUGUCUACGAUUAUUUAGCUCAUGAUAUUCUGCCAGCCGAUAAGAAGGCAGCAAGAGCGAUUCAAACCAAAUCAGAACAGUACAUACUUUGUAACGGUUUAUUUCGUUUUUUCCUACAAAACAAAGGUGAUGAUUUCAUAUUACAAUUAGCAAUACCA